AUGUCCCAGCACUAUAGUGCUCAGCAGUUUGCUCAACGUAGAGUAAGUCCUAGCCAAUUCAUCGCCGAUAAACGCGGGCACUUGAAUCCAGGACAGAAAAAGAAGUCAUGUGAUAGCCCCUGGGGAAUGCAUGUUAACACAUGGGAUAUGCCAUGUCACCUACCCGGGAACAAUGUCGAUAAUCCGACCGCGCGAUCUUCUACUGGUUUCAAAUAUCUUCAAAAACAAAAAGAACUUGCAUUAGCUGCAAUGGAUUUAGCGAAAACAAACAAAACUAAGAGAAGUCUAGCUCAGGCUCCUGGUGACAGAAGUAAUCCGGAUGCAACUAUUCAUCCUCCUAGUGAUUUAUACUGA